AUGAACAGUUACAACAACAAUCAGCCCAUGCGAACUGAAACCGCUGCCGCGGAGGGCAGCCGCUACGUGCUGACGAGCCCGCGCUCGCUGGAGGCGUGCGCGCGCUGCGCCGUGCGGCCCGUGGAGCUGCUGCCGCGCGCCCUGGGCGAGCUGCUGCGCGAGGCGCCCGGCCGCUCCAUGCGCGUGGCCGCCGGCCUCUACGAGGCCUACGAGAGGGAGCGGCGGCGCAAGCUGCAGCAGUGCCGCGACGAGCGCGACAGGAUCAUCCGCGAGGAGAAGAGGAGGAUCCUGGCGCCGCUCGGCAGCCUGCCACCCUCUCCUGCCGCCCGCCUGGCCCCCAGGGCCGCCCCCGCGGCCGCGGCGCCCCGGCCUCCCGGCGAGGCCCGGCCGGCGGCGGGCGCCAGGGCCAAGACCAAGAGCCACUCGCUGGACUCGCUGCAGAAGCGUCGGGACGGCGCUUGGGGCAAGACGUCCUCGGAGUCGGGCGCCUCGUCCUCCUACAGCGGGGAGAGCCUGCGGGAGCGCGGCAAGGGGCGCCCCCGCGAGCGGGCAGCGGCGGCCGCCACCUCCCUGCUGGGCCGCAGCUUCAGCCUGGGCGACCUCAGCCACUCGCCGCAGACGGCGCAGCGCGUGGAGAGGAUCGUCAGGGAGGUGAAGAGGAAGAAGGGCCUCAAGGAGGUACCCGAGCGGGACAAGAAGAUCGCGGCGCUGAUGCUCGCCAAGCACCAGGAGGCCAGCAUCCUGCGGGAGCAGCGGCAGGCCGCCCACCUGCAGUGGGACAGCCAGCGGCGCCUGGCGGAGCAGCGCAAGGAGCAGGAGGAGAAGGAGAAGCAGCGGGCUCUGGCGCAGGGCCAGCGCCUGUGGGAGUGCCAGGUGGAGAAGCGGCGCGGCAGGCUGAGCCAGGAGCAGCACGAGGCCGCCCUGCUGAAGCAGAAGCAGCGCCUGGUGUGCGAGGAGAGGUGGCGGGAGCAGGCGGAGAAGCAGGAGCGGCUGCGCAGGGAGAAGCUGGAGAGGGCCAUCCAGGAGGACAAGCAGAAGAAGCUCCACCAAGAGCACAACUUGAAGGCAAAGGAGGACAUCAAGAAGGAGCACCGAGAGCGAGAGGAGCAGCUUCUCCAAGAGAAGCUGUCCACGGCUGCACAGAAGAGGCUGAGGAAGGAGGUGCAGCUGCAGAAGGAGAAGAAACUGCUCAACCAGACAGAGAAGUUGAAGCACGAGGCCUUGCUCAAAGAGCUGGCCAAGCAAGAGGCAGAAGAGAAGGAGAUGCUGAAGGCCUCCCUGGAGAUGAGUUUAACAAAAGCUCAGGAGAACUACGAGCAGCUAAUGGAGAGGAGGAACCAGGAGCUGAGGGAAAAGGCCAGGCGGGAGGAGAUGCAGAUUCAGAGGGCCAAACUGGCAGCAGAAAGGAAGGAAAGAGAGCAAAAGGAGCACUUGGCGGCCCUGGCUAAAGAGACAGAGAGAAAGCUCCAGCAUGCUGCCCAGGUAGCCGAAGAGGUGGUCCAGGAGAAAGCCCGCAAGGUGGUCAUGAGCCGCCUGGAAAAGGAGAAGGUGCAGAAGAUGAACAAGCAAAAGGUAGAGCAGUACGAGGACUUACGACGCAGAGAGAUCCUCCUCUCUAUAGAGAGGAAGCUGGAGAGGAGCGAGCAAAUCUUCAAGGAGAAGAAGACGGUCUUAGAAAACGCCAGGUCUGUCGCUCGCGCAUCCUUCCACGUCCGGGAAAAGGUCCGGGAGGAGACCAACACGCGCACCUUUGACAAGAUGGCCUUGGAAGCAGAACUGCAUGCCAACCUGGAUAAGAAGUGAAAGGUCUUUUCAUGGAUAAGUGGGGAUACGGCACCUGAGGAUGUCCAUCAUAAUGCAUCAGAACGCUCCUCUGCAUCGGAACAUUUCAAAGCAGCAACAACCAACCACCACCCUAACCCGUUACGCUGGUGGGAGAGCAGGGUACCGCACAAAAACCGUGGCAGCUAUUUCACGUACUUUUUAAAAUAUGCUUUUGUUUUGGGGCAUGUUUUAAGGACUGACCUCAAUCACCUUUAGAAAGAAGUGAGCCUUUUUGUCCUCCACCCUACAAGCACACACGUUUUCUCAGAGAGGACUGCAGAGACUUGCUUGAAAGCUGUGAGUUACCCGUUGUUUGCCUGAGCCGGGGCUGACUGCCGCCGCACUCUUCUUUUAGUGUGGCAAUGCAGGCAGUAAGAGAUGACAGGCCUAAAAAAAGAACCAACACCAACUCACCUCGUUCUGGUUUGAGCACAGUUCGGCUUGGUUUAAGUUACAGGGCUGCAUUCUCAAAGCUGUUGUCUUUUCCAUGAUAAUGAUGAGGAACGGCUGUAUUCGGGCCCUUGGGUGCCCCUUACCCACUGCUGGUGUCAAGUGUGGGGGGAGAAAAGCACAGACCGAGAUUUCAUAACACCAUGCAAGUAGACAUUAUGAUCAGAGCUGGGCAGAAGCUGUUAAAAUUGUUCACAGAAACUACAGUUUGUGACUGGUUUUGCUCCCUGAGUUCUUCAGCACUCUUCCUUUCUGAGUUUCUGUUAUGAAUGUCUGCAGAAUACUCUUCCUUUGGAGAAGGGAAGGCAGAAGUCCACAAACUGAAAGGCAUCUAUGCGACCUGUUUGCUCAGUAAAUUACCAAAAUGAACUUGUGGAAACCGGCCUUUGUCACAGACUUGCAGAUUAUUUGCUCCCUCCUUAGAGAGUCUGUGGAGACUCUGAUCUUGGAAAUACAGCUUGACAUAACAAGGCCCUGAUUAACCUAAUCCUGCUUUGGGCAGAAGAUUGGAACCUAAAUUAUUCUGUGAUUCCAUGAAUUGCUUGCAAUAUCAAGCUCACCCAGCUCUUAUCAUUGUCUGCUAGGCAGGGCAGCAUUUAUCUGCCCACUGGUGCUAACAGUUGUAUUCUCACUUUAGGGCACAAGAAAGAGUGGAUGCACAAAAUAAGCUACGUUAUAGAUUCUCUUAGCAAGGAUCACAGCGUUUUUUAACUCUAACCCAAUACUGUAUAGAGGGAAACGAGUCCUUCUGCCGCUAAUGCACUGGAAAUGUGAAAAAGCCUGCCUACACCCUGAGGAAAACCUUUAAAUAAGACAGUGUUCUGCUCUGCUUUCCCACAUU